AUGGAUAUGGAGAUUGAUGACCCUAUGCACGGUUCAGAUGAAGAUCAAUUAUCACCCACUCUCGAUGAAGACAUGAAUAGUAAUGACAGCAAAAAUAAUACGAAGGCGCGUUCCAGUGACGAAGACAUAGAUGAAGAGUUGGACGAUUUUAAUUUUAAACCGGGCUCCUCGGGUAUAGCAGAUCAUAAAUCCUCCAAACCGCUAGAACUAACCAAUACGAAUAUAAAUCAGCUUGACCAAUGGAUUGAGUAUUUGGGAAAAUGCGAACCAUUGUCAGAAGACGACGUAGCUCGACUGUGUAAGAUGGCAGUAGACGUGUUACAGUUCGAGGAAAAUGUUAAGCCAAUCAAUGUGCCUGUAACCAUUUGUGGUGACGUACACGGUCAAUUUCACGACUUGUUAGAACUUUUCAAGAUUGGCGGUCCUUGUCCCGAUACCAAUUACCUUUUCAUGGGUGAUUACGUGGAUAGGGGAUAUUAUUCCGUUGAGACUGUGUCCUACUUGGUCGCCAUGAAAGUCAGAUACCCACAUAGAAUCACGAUACUGAGAGGAAAUCACGAAUCUAGGCAAAUUACCCAGGUAUACGGGUUUUAUGACGAAUGUUUGAGAAAGUACGGCAGUGCAAACGUGUGGAAAAUGUUUACCGAUCUAUUCGAUUACUUCCCCGUUACGGCUUUGGUAGAUAAUAAAAUUUUCUGUCUGCAUGGAGGUCUUUCACCUAUGAUAGAGACAAUAGAUCAGGUUAGAGAUUUAAAUAGAAUACAGGAAGUGCCUCAUGAAGGUCCCAUGUGUGACCUUCUCUGGUCCGAUCCUGAUGAUAGAGGCGGAUGGGGAAUCAGUCCCAGAGGUGCAGGGUUCACGUUUGGUCAAGACAUCAGUGAGCAAUUUAAUCACACUAAUGAUCUAUCAUUAAUAGCAAGAGCACAUCAACUGGUCAUGGAAGGCUACGCUUGGUCUCACCAAGAAAACGUUGUUACCAUCUUCAGUGCUCCAAAUUACUGCUAUAGAUGUGGUAACCAGGCUGCUAUUAUGGAGGUGGAUGAAAAUCAUAAUAGACAAUUCUUACAAUACGAUCCAUCUGUGAGACCGGGUGAACCAACCGUCACUAGAAAGACACCAGAUUAUUUCUUAUAA